GUCAAGAGAACUGGACAGAAAAAAAAUUUAUGAAACAAUGCCAGAUUUUUCUAAGCGGAGACGGUACUAACGAAAAUAAGAAAUCAUAUAAAAAAGACUGAAGAAACUUGAAGGCUUAUAUUGAGAGUUCUAGUUUUAUAUCAGUUUUUGUUAUUUCUGGUUUUUUCUCUUUAUUUUGCUCUUUUAAUAUAUUAGCAUUCGCAUUUAUUGCAUAUUCACAGCACAGUGCCAGCAUAUAAAUAGAGAGGACACUUUUCCUAAAAAAAAGACAAGCGAAAAAAUAUCAUGGAAGACGAGAAAAAGGAUGCGAUAUUAGAGUCGACAGAAUAUACAUAUAGUCAAUCGUUUGAGUCAACUCCUGUUUAUAUAGAAGAAGAUGCUGAAGGUCCGGAACCCACCGAACAGGAUUGGGCCGAAUUGACCGAAACAGCGGAUACCCUACCCAAGGCUGCUUACUUAGUAAUCAUGGUCGAAUUCUGCGAACGUUUCACUUAUUAUGGUCUCAGUGGACCCUUCCAAAACUAUAUUCAGCAUUCCGAUCCCGGACAUUACCCCGCGGAACAGCCUGGUGCUAUGGGUAAAGGCCAGCAAACAGCUACUGCCUUGACUACAUUCUUCCAAUUUUGGUGUUAUAUCACUCCUAUCUUUGGUGCUAUUGUAGCAGAUCAAUACCUUGGUAAAUACAAGACCAUCCUCAUCAAUACAAUCAUCUAUUUUUUCGGUCUUGUCAUCCUGACAUUGACCUCUAUUCCCCCGGGUCUUGCUAGCGGUGCUGCUUUUCCCGGUUUUAUCGUUGCUAUUAUCAUUAUCGGUUUCGCCACUGGUGGUAUCAAAUCGAACGUUUCUCCCCUCGUUGCUGAACAAUAUCGUGGUACUCGUGCUUACGUGAAAACACUGAAGAAUGGCAAACGUGUCAUCGUCAGUCCUCAGGCUACUUACCAAAAGAUUUUCAAUUACUUCUAUUGGGGUAUCAACGUCGGUUCGCUUUCAGCUAUUGCAACCACUGAACUAGAAAAAAAUUGUGGUUUCUGGCCUGCUUUCCUUUUGCCUACACUUAUGUUUAUUCCCUGUAUCUGUGUGGUCUACUUUGGUCGUAAGCAAUAUGUCUUGAUCCCUCCUCGUGGUUCUGUCUUUGCUGAAGCUUUUAGACUUUUCAAGCUUGCUUUCAAAUUGAAGGGUAUUGACGCUUGUAAGCCUUCUCGUUUGGCUCAGGAACAUCCCGACGCCUUAUCAAGAGCCACAUGGGAUGACGUUUUUGUCGAAGAAUUGAAGAGAGCCUUGAGAGCUUGUGUUAUCUUCUGUUGGUUUCCUAUCUUCUGGCUUUGUUACAACCAAAUGACCAAUAACUUGGUCUCCUUGGCUGGUACAAUGUUAACGGGUAACGUUCCCAACGAUAUUAUGCAGAACAUUGAUCCCAUCGUUUUGACCGUCUUGGUUCCUGUCAUGGAUUCGGGUGUCUAUCCUUUCUUGCGUAAAAUUGGUCAUUCCCCUGGUCCGAUCCUUCGUAUUGCCAUCGGUUUCCUCUUUGCCGCCGCUGCUAUGGGUUAUACUGCUGGUAUUCAAGCCAGGGUUUAUCAUACUGCUCCUUUCUUCGAUCACCCCAGUGGUAAACAAAAUUGGAUAUCUGCGGCUUAUAUCAUUCCUUCUUAUGCUCUCACCGCUUUCUCUGAAGUCUUUGCUUCUAUCACCGGUUAUGAAUAUGCUUAUAAGAAGGCUCCUGCAUCUAUGAGAUCCAUUGUCAUGGCCCUUUUCUUGUUUACCAACUGUAUCGCUUCUAUUCUUGCUUUUGCUUUGGUUUCCGUUACUGUCGAUCCCAAGUUAACUUGGAUGUAUACCGGUAUUAGUGCUGCCAUGUUCGCUGUCGCUGUUCUCUUCUAUAUUUGCCAUCGCAAGGCAGAUGCUAAGGAUAGAGAAGAUGAUGCCAUCGGUCGUAAUGGCGAGAGAAAUGAACUAGAAACUGUUGAACAAGAUGAAGAAGGUUCCGUCGGUAGACAUGAAGCUGAGAAGGAUCGUUAAACCCCCCCCCCCUUUUGUAUAAUACAUAGCGUCCUGUUUCUUGUACUUUUAUUUCUUGGAAACAAUGACCCAAUUGUUCCAAACUUUUUCUUUUGUAGAUAGUAUUAUUCUUUCAAACAUUCCUUUCCGUUUUCCUUGCCUUAUCCUCACCACACUGCGCAAAAACAGAAAGACACUUCUAUCAUUUUAGUCCAUUGUGUACAAUAUAAUUUGUUACUGUGUCUAUUUAUAUAUCCCUAGAGAUAGAAUAAAACUCUUUGAACUCUAUUCUGUCCCUAACUAGCAAUUCUGUUCAUUGAUCAUUUUGACCGCAUGAAAAUAUGUCUU